GACGAAUUGAGAGCUCCCGCCACAUUUGAAGGUUGCAGAACUUACAUACAUAUUAUAUUAACUUUGCCGUCGCUAAGACAUAUUCUAACAACAUUAUCCUCGUACGUUACCUGUUAAUACAUACCCGACUCACUUAUACGGAAAGAUAGAUAUACAGCUCAAGCGAAAAUUGAGCAUUUCUUCCAGUAUUACACUCUUACCACUACUACUUUUCUGCUCGACAAAGACCGCCCGAUCCGAACUAUACCUAGGCUAAAAACCAGCCAACACUACUAACAAGAUGACGGCUCUACCUUAUGCCGUAGAUGCGGAAACUCCGCUGAAGGAGGCGGAACUCCAGACUCUACGCGCACAAUAUGAGAAAGAGGGCGAGAUGGCCGGUAUCCAAACAAAAUUCAACUACGCAUGGGGUCUAAUCAAGUCGAAUACCCGAAGCGAUCAACAGCUAGGCGUCCGUCUCCUUUCGGAUAUAUUCCGAGUAUCCCCCGACCGCCGUCGCGAAUGCCUAUACUACCUAGCCCUGGCCAACUUCAAGCUCGGAAAUUACGGCGAGGCAAGGCGUUACAAUGAUUUGCUGCUGGAUAAGGAACCGGCCAAUCACCAAGCGGCGGACUUGCGCAGAUUGAUCGAUGACAAGGUAACAAAAGAGGGCCUGAUGGGUGUUGCAAUCAUAAGCGGUGUCGCUAUUGCGGCCGGCGUGGUUGGUGGAAUUCUGUUCCGUGGCAAGAGACGGUAGAAAGCUUGGCGGAAGUAUACCCGUAAGGAAAGCUCCGUAAAAGAAAUAUAACGCCGUAAGUAGUUGUUAGAUGAUACGGUUGUGUUAAACCGAUGGCGUUGUACUGGCUAGAGCUGGGGGGAAGCCGUGUCCUUAUCAAAUACAUGCGAUGGCGGUCUGCUUGAGACGCAGGUUGCAGUCCUGAACCCUUUCGAAGGCGAGGGAAUGAUUUUUACUGAAGCACUAGGGCUGGGGAAUCUAGCGUCGUGGCAUUAUGAUACAGUAACAAGUGCGAGUUAAUUUAGAUAUGAUUCACUCAUCUCAAAUUUUAAUUGGUGUCAAAUUCAUUUACUCUUACACAGAAGGAUUUGGUUGUUUGCGUGGUUGUUGAUGAUUAUCCGGAUGACCUCGCGUGACCUUUUUCUUUCUGACCUAGCAGCAUAUUAAUACAAAUAAGGGUCUGAAUGAAUACCUAUAUAUAUAUGGUGAAAAUAUUAUAUGUUUUUGCCCAGAAUUCUGGA